AUGUCUCAAUCAGUGGUCCAAAUCCAGCCAACAGAGAUGCAGUUAUGGCUGGACAAAGUUGAAGCUUGGGGCCGAACCGACAUUUUAGACGUUCAGAAAGAUGCGUGUUUUCAUCUGACCACACUGAGAGAUUUCCUCCAGCGACUCCUUAUGCACAUCAACUGCAUGAGUUCGACAACAGAAAUCAUGAAGAAGAUGCCUUCUCUGGGCCAGCUUCUAGGCCGCCUGUGCUGGAACCCUGUUGUGACUGCUGAUGACAACAGCAGAUUAUUGAUCUUCCAGUGUCUUUGGCAGCUGUACUCUGAGAACCCAGUCAAUGCUUUGGAAAAAAAGGCUAACCAGUGGAUACAGAAACUUGUGUGUCAACUUGCCACAGAAGGCGAAGACAAAGAAUCUCCAUCCGAUGUUUUGCUCAAACAUUUAAAUGUGCCGCCAACACAGUACCAUCUGGAAGUCCUCAGCAAGGUGGUGGCCCGGUUGCAGGAAGACAUCGGGAAAAAAUGCAAUUCGUUGGAAGGCUUAAAUGAGAGGUGUUCAUGUGAUAGGAUUGUGGCUACAAGCGAGGCGUGCAUUCCGCUGGUUACCUGCCGUGAGGUUGCUCCUCUCAUUGGAGCCUUGCUGGAGCGGCCAUUCACCUGUGCCAAAGCAACUCUGAGUCAUGACUUCCUGAAUGCUCUUAGCACUGCCUAUACCAGCGGUUGCUUGUCACUGGAGGACCGCACAGUCAUGGCCCUUUGGUAUCACAGCCUGCCCAGCCUGGAGGAGGCGGCGCUCGGUCUGCUGGAGUCGACUGUCCUCACUGACACGCCGCUGUCGCCGCAGCAGCUGGAGCGGCAAAUAGAUCAGUCACUGCUGCCAAAGGCUUGUGCUCAACACUGCUCCAUCUUCUUGCUGGUCAACGACAUCUUCAGGGCCAUCCUCAAGAAACAAGGUCAGCCGCGCCUUCGGGAUCUCAUCCAAAGCUUUACCAGCUGCUUCUAUAGGGAACUGACUCUAUUACAGACACAGAUGCCUUUGAAGGCCUUCUUCCCUCACUCCCCUCAAAAUCUGCUGCUUCCGCUCUUGAGCCAGCCUCCAGAGGCGUCAAGGGAGGCUCGUAGACGUCACCUGAACUGGCUCAGCGACUCAUUACGAAGACUGACAGAGGAGGAAGAGGAGGCAGCUGGCAGCGGCGGCAGGGAAUUUGGUGUCGUGUUUGAGGCCUGGUUCCUGCUGGUCCAAUGUUCCCAGUGGGUACAGGAGGUUCUUCAGGUGCUGAUCAGCACCGAGCCCAGUGAAUGCCACCCUUUGCUGUGGCUGCUCACGUUUUACUACCACCCUUCCAACAGGGAGCACCAUAGGAAUCAACGACUGGUGUGUGUCCAACAAGUUUGGGAGCAGCUGCGCCUCUUUUUCUCACCUCGUCGUCCUCCUCUCGAUCCCGAGGAGACGCUCGGCAGCGUGCUGGCCCUCGUCUCGCCGAGCGCUCGGCCCCCAUCUCCGGCACCUUUAUUGAUCUUAAAUCUGGCAGUCAGCGGCGCCGUUUUCUCCGACCAAUGGCAGAGGGACGCCGCACUCAUCGUGCGAAAGGUGGCGACGGCGUCAGGUCUGGUCACUGAAGCGUCUCGCAUUCUGAGCUCGCUGGAGCGUCUGCUCGGCUCGAAGAGCGGCAACCUGUCGUCCGGUGACCCGGACGCGGCCUCUGUCAGGAUCCGUCGGCUUCAGGAAGCUCUCGGCCCUGGACUGCGCUGA